AGAUCAAAAUAAAUAAUUAGACGAAGUUUAAAAUGGCUGAAGCAACGAAUAUGUUCUAAAAUAAAAAAAUAAAAAGGAAAAUAUGUCAUUGAGAAACGCCAGAACGAAGUCUUUAUGAACACACGAUAAUAACGGUUUAACUGUUACAGCUUAAAACAGGAGAGAAAAAAAAAUCUUCGAAUUUAUUAUUUGCAUAAAGAAUUUAUCAACAAAUACGUUUAAUAUUUGGACGAUAUAAACUUAGUAUAUUUAAAAGAUUAUAUGUUGCAGCAAACAAAAUGGCGCUAGAUUAUUUAUUACUGAUGCCGUAUUUAAUAUCAGACUGCAAAAACAAACUAAAGAUUAAUUCAUUUUCACUGUAGAAACUUCUCAAGCGAUAAAGUAGUUAUCUACAACUACGAUAAAAUUAUGAAAUGAUUUGACAUUUUUAUUUAAAACGCUUUUAGUGUGGGGAUAGCGAAUAAUGGCAAAUAGUUCCAAGACAAAGGAUUCUAUCAGGCAUAAAGAUAACGCUUCAUUUUUCAGUUGUCUGGGCGAAGAACCUUUUCGAUGCUGAAAAAGUUUAAGUUUACACAUUUAGAGGUAACAGCAACGAAGUUAUCGGAAAUUAUUAACUAUGGCCCAAUUACAGAGUUUGAUUCUUUUAUGAAGACUCUAGUUAGCCCGGCAGAUAUUUGCACAACGAUUGACUCCAAUGGAGAAACUCCUUUACACACUAGUAUUCAGAAAAGCAGGAUGGAGUGUUUGAAAAAGAUGCUGGAGCUAGACCUCAAUAUUAAGGCAAGAAAUAACAAAGGCUAUACACCGUUAAGUUAUGCCUUGCUUUAUGGACAUAUGAAAAUAGCAAGUCAAUUUAUCGAAAAAGGAGCACAAGUUAAUGAAAUAUGUGUACGAAAGACAGGUAAAACACUACUCCAGAAAAUGGUAACGAUAAAUAAACUGGAAGCAGUACGGUUCCUUUUAGAAAAUGGAGCUUUGGUUAACAAAUGCGAUGAAUCUGGUAUGGCACCACUACAUAUGGCAGUGAUUAGCGGUCAUAAAACAAUUGUCAGUAUUUUGUUGGAAUUCGGUGCGAAUAUCAACCAAAUAAAUAAAUUUGAACAAUCUCCUCUUCAACUUGCCAUCCAGAUGAACCAGCCUGAAAUGAGCAAAAUUCUCAUAAAUAAUGGCGCCAACCUUUUGAUGAAGGAUAAAGCCGAUAAAACUAUACUCAACGUGUCUGCUUCUGUUGGGAAUGCAGAAAUAUGCAGGCAAAUAUUGAGACAAACUUCUGUAAAUAUCGAUACCAAAGAAAAACUGUUGGGUCGUAGUCCAUUACACACAGCCUGUGCCGUCAGAAGUUACCCUGCGGCAAAAUUGCUUAUCGAUUACGGAGCUAACAUUAAACUAUUGACUAGGAAUCGUAAGGCUCCCAUCAAUAUUGCCACACAAGCCGGUAGCGCAGAUAUAGUGAAAAUGUUGAAAGAAGAGUCAGAAUUACUGGAAAGAAAAUCACAUCGUAAAACUCCAUUGCUAUUAGCUAUUGACCAAGGUCACUUACAAAUAGUUCAAUAUAUUAUUAAUUCGAAAGGUAGUGUCAACUCCAAAGAUGUGAAUGGUGCCACUCCACUCCAUUAUGCUGCAAAGAAUGGUUUGUUUAUGUUUGUGAAAAUAUUUAUUGAAAACGGAGCCGACGUCAACGCUAAGGACAAAAGAAUGAAAACACCACUUCAUGAAGCUUUCAUUUAUGGACAUGAUAAGGUAGCGAAUUAUCUCGUCGAAGUAGGGGCCGACCUGCAUUGUGUGGACGACAUUCAAAUGUCACCAUUCGAUUAUAAAACAUUGCAAAACAUGUGGUCAAAUAAACAUAGAACAACAUCCAGCAAAAUUCAAUGUAUUAUAGACAAAUGGAAAAAGAAAACUUUUCUCAACCAAGCAAGAAGUUGGAACAUGUAAAGGACUUCUGGUGAUCUUGACGAAGAAGAAGAAGAAGAAGCAUAGCAAAAAUAUUUGAAAAUAUUGUAUUCCUUGCAUUGAAGUCUGUGUGGUUUAGAAGUUUUGCUUAGCAUCCACAUGGUUCUGAACUGUCUCUCAAUUCAUGUUAUCUUGAAGCAUGUGUUUUCUACCAAACCUUUGGCUCAACUCAACUUUUGUGAAUGAAGUUGGAUAGAUGAAAAUCCAACACCACCAUCUAACCCUUGGGUUCCUUUAGCAAAAUUCACUGUUACAAAUAUUUGAAUUCAGUUCCCAUUCUGAUGAUAACUUAGUUUAUUCGUUUGCUUCUUCCUGCUAUUGCAAACUCAUGAGUCAUGGUUUCUUGCCCCACCCUAGUCUUGGAGGCCUGCCGAAAAUGGUGAUGAGUUUCACUCUUCCCCUCUAACCAUGCUAUAAUUAAUAUUCAGAAAAAACUUCAUUUAGGAUUUUAUCUGCAGCUUUGGCUUAACUUGUGGGGAAGAGGAAAGUCCAUUCAAAAGACUGUGUUCCCUGAUUUAAGACCGCCUACUGAUCCUUGGGUGCUUUUAGUAAAGUGGAAAUGAACCUAGAACCAUGAAGUGAAUUUCUUAACCACACUGCCAUACCUGUUCCUAAAGAAUAAAAGCAUACAUAAAAAUACAAAUAUGAGAUGUAAAAACA